AUGCGUCUCCUCCCCGCCCUCCUCACAGCGAGCUUUGCAGCCCUCGCAUCCGCCCGCUGCGGCACCCGCGACCCCUCUGAGCGCGUUCACGCACAGCACAAAUACUUCCUGGAGAAGGAGGACCGCGAAGCUGCGCGCAUUGCGGCGGCGCGGGAUGUCUUCGAUGUCACUGUCGACACAUACGUGCACGUCGUUAUCUCCAAUACAACGGCGGGCAUCAAUGCCACCACCCUGCCGUCCCAAAUCCACGAGCAGAUCGACGUCCUGAACGAGAAUUACCUGGGCACAGGCUUCCAGUUCAACCUCGUCAAUGUCUCGUACACGCACAACGACAAGUGGACGGCGAUCAUGGACGGCAGCACGACGGAGUACGAGGUCAAGUCGACCCUGCGCCGGGGCGACUACACGGCGCUGAACCUGUACUUCGGCACGAUCGGGAGUGGGAUUCUGGGUUAUGCUACCUUCCCCGACACCGUCACCCCCCGCGAAUUCCUCCUCGACGGCGUCGUCUGCGACCCGCAGUCCCUACCGGGCGGAAAAGCCCCCUACAACCUGGGCAUAACAGCCGUGCACGAAACCGGCCACUGGCUGAACCUCUUCCACACGUUCCAGCCGGGCAACGACGACCCCGCGCAGCCGGGCUGCUACGGGCACGGCGACUACAUCCACGACACGCCGGCCGAGGCGUACGCGGCGUUUGGAUGCCCCGCAUCCCGGGAUACGUGCAAGGGGGCCGUCGAGGCGAAUAAUACGCUCUCUGUGCCGGGGCCGGACCCGAUUCAUAACUUUAUGGAUUACACGGAUGAUCGGUGCCUGACGACGUUUUCGGCGGGGCAGAUUACGCGCAUGCAGAAUUCUUGGAGGGAGGAGAGGGUGGCUUAUGUGCCGAUGGGGAUGAGGAGGAGGAGUCCGGGUGGCUUGUUGCCGGAUCUGAAGGCUGAGUUGGGGUUGGGACUUAAGGGGAAGAUUGCCAGGCCUGGGUCGGGGUGGUAA